AACCCUAAAUCGCGAUUUAGGGUUCUUAGAGUGGAGAAUUGGGGCUUUCAACUCAACCUUCAAAAUUUCAAUUGAUUUUGGGAUUCAUGAUGAUUUAAGUCGAUUUCUUCAGUUCUGUGCUCUGCUUUAAAAGAAUUAAGCAAGAGAAGAGAUCAUGGCGUUGGGCUUUGACCUCUAUUUACGAUGUGGUGGAUAUUGGAGCAGCAAAGACGACUAUCAUGGAGGGUAGAAGAGCAGCUGAUGGUUUUACCUUGCAGUCGGUUCUCACACUUGUGGAAUACAUAGGCUAUGAAGAUAACAUGAACCAAGUAUCAUGGUUUCCACCUGAAACUCCUGAGAAAAAAGAAUUCAUCACUGACGAUGUGAUAAUGAGCAAAGUGGUUCACUAUUCAAUUGGAUCUGGAGCAAUGAUGUUGUUUAUCGUCAGGGAAGAUGAUCCUUAUAUGGGUAGGCAUCUUAAUAUGAGAGGCUUGUUGAAUGAUGCUGAGGAUGAAGGUGAUAUUGGGAAUGAGAGUGCUAAUGAGGAUAAUAGGGUAAAUGACUCUUCUAGUAGUGAUUCUGAAAUUGAGGAGAGAGGCGGCAUGAUAGAGCAGGAUGAUCCUUUUGGUGUUAGUGAUAGCGAAGGUGGGUGGUUCAGUAGUUGAUGAUAAUCUGACAAUAUUCAUGCUGGGGCAUAGGAUGUGUGCUCGGCAUGUCUACACUAAUUGGAAAAAGAAGUACGGUGGAGCUGUGUUUGAAGAUCUGUUCUGGGGUGCUGCUGAUGCUUACUACAUAGCACGUUUUGAGAAGAAGAUGGAAGAGCUGAAGAAGAUUUCAGUCCCUGCAUAUGAUGAUUUGAAGAUAUCUCUGUUUUGUCCGUGGUCAAGGGCAUUUUUCACAGAAUAUUCAUCUUCUGAUGCUGUUGAGAACAACUUAGGGGAGUCUUUCAAUGCAGCUAUAAGGAUAGCAAGAACAAAAAAAGAGCUGAAGCUGAUAAGUGUAGGGCAAACUACACUUAUAAAUCAAUUACAAAACUCGAAGAACAGAUUGAACUUGCAAAGAAUUGCAGUCCUUUGAGUUGUGGAUUAGGUGACUAUGAAGUUGGGUACUUCAAUGAUAGGUUUGUGGUGAAGAUGAGAGGUGACAUAUCUUGUACUUGUAGGAUGUACAAGAUCAGUGGAAUUCCUUGCUGCCACAUUGUCUCAGCCUUGCGCUUAGAGAAAAACGCUGACCAAGACCCGAAAACACUUAUAUCUGAUUGGUUCACCAUUGAGAAACUGAAGACAUGUUAUGCAAAUCCUUUAAAGCCCGUCAACGGCAUGAACAUGUGGAAGGUGACAACUAAUGUAAGGGUCAAUCCACCUCCGUUUAAGAAACUUCCAGGGAGACCACCAGGUAAAAAGAGAAAGAGAGAUAAAGGUGAACCUAGAGAACCACCAAAAAUUUCAAAACGAGGAAUGAAAAUACACUGUGGGAGUUGUGGCCAAGAAGGACAUAAUAAAAUGUAUUGCAAGAAUCAUCCUGUCCCAAAACCACCCAAGAAUAGACCUGGAAGGCCACGCAAGGAAGUAAUUCCACCUGUUUCAGCUGGUCUAUUUAUUCAUGCACCAGAAGCCACACCUGGAAGCCGAAGGAAAUGGUUUGCCUCUGCCUCACAGCCUGAACAUGACGUCCCAAGCCUCUCAUCGGCACUCCCAAAACGAGGGCCUGGAAGGCCUAGGAAGAAGUUCUCAGAAGGUGUCUCAUCAUCUCAACCAUGACUUUUGUGUUUUUUUAUGAAUUUAUGAAUUGUGCUUUUGUCUUUGUCGGAUUUUGUAACUCAUGUGUUCUUUUUAUUAGACUUAUAUGUUUCUUUUGUCAGACUUA